AUGGAAGCUCUGCUUUACCAGUUCAACCUCCUCUCGGGCCAAUCUUUGCAAGAUAAAAACUUCGAUCCAUCCACCAUCGAUGACGCCAUAAGGCUGUUCGAGAUCGAAGCGUACAGGUCAUGGGCAGCCAUGGAGCUCGAAGAGCAGAAAGAAGUAGAAGAAGCCGAGACUGCGGUGCAACGAACCGAGGACUACAUUGACUCGGUCAUGGAAAGCGCCAUGGACGAGUUUCGUCUAUUCGAGGAGGAACUCGAAAGAAUGUCGAUGGCUGAGCUGAAAAGCUUGGUGAAUACUGCCGAGAGUGCUAGAAAUAUGGGGAAUUUGAUGGAAAAGGCCGCAUCUGUUGCUUCCACGAGGUAUCUAGAGGCCGCAUUGAAUUCUGCUACUGCUUCCAUGAAGUCUGCUUGGAAAGGACUUUCAUCUAAAAAGGUCCAUCCUUCUUAA